AUGGCUCAUCGAGGAUCAACUGGUCAACAUCGUAACCUGUGGGACGCAAGGUUCGGACAACAAAAAGAACAGAGGGACGAGUGGCGAGGAUGGAAAAGUAGUGUGUUCCUUCUUUGGGUCGAGAACGUUGGAAACGGGGUCGGUCCGCUGCAUCGGAAAGUGGAUCGAAAUAAUCCUGGAGCCUCCAAAGGUCCCAAGUCCCAAGAGAUCCCCAAGGUCCUCCGCCCGGUCGAAUCAGGUCUCCUUGCAGAAAGUCCUGGGACCCUAAUCAACUCCGUCAUCUCCCCAGCAGAUUGA